AUGCAGAUUUUUGUGAAGCCCCUUACGCUCAUGGUUGAAGCCCCAGACACUAUAGAAAAUGUAAAGACUAAGGUGCAGGAUAAGGAGAGAAUUCCUCCUGACCAGCUGAGGCUGAUUUUUGCUGGUAAGCAGCCGGAAAAUGGCUGUAAUUUGUCUGACUAUAACAUUCAACAGGAUUCCAUCCUUCAUCUUGUGUUGAGACUUCAUGGUGAUGGUAAGAAAAGGAAGCAGUCUUACAUCACUCCCAAGAAGAAGAAGCAUAAGGGGAAGGAGGUUAAUUUGGCUGUGAUGAAAUACUAUAAGGUGGCUGAAAAGGGUAGAAUUGGUCUCCUUCACCGGGAGUGUCCUUCUGAUAAAUGUGGUGCUGGAGUUUUCAUGGCUAGCCAUUUCUACAGACAUUACUGCGGCCAACGUUGUCUGACUUAA